UUGCUCUACUUGUUGCAAGGCAAGGCGUGUCCAAUAAAUCUUUUACCCAGAGUGCUGUAGACAAUUGGUUCCAAAGUUCAAAGCAGAGUGGAGAACGAGAAGAGAACGAGUAAAGAAGCGUCAAGUUGUUUCGUUCUUUUACACCCAUCUAUAGGAUUAAACUCUGGCAAGCUCAAACAUGGCAGACAGCACAAGUCCAAAAGGCAACUCUGGUGUUUUUGCUAAAAAAGUGCAAAGACAGCUGAGUAGAGGGAAAGAAAAGGUGAUGCAAAGGCUGGGAAAGUCGCUGGAGACCAGAGACGAUCACUUUGAACACUCCCUCCAGAUGUUUAAUGACCAGCAGACAGAUGGGAACCGGAUAUACAAGGACUUAAGGAAUUACAUUAAUGCAAUAAGAGACAUGAGGGAAGCUUCAAGACGGCUCUCUCAGUCACUGUUUGAUGUUUAUGAAAGUGAAUGGGCAGGGGAGGAAGAUUUGGGAGCCAUUGUAGAGGGGGAGGACCUCCUGUGGAACGACCAUGAGGUGAAGCUGUUAGACCAGGCCGUGCGCACCAUGGAGUCCUAUGUGAGCCAGUUCCCAGAUGUUCGGGAGAAAAUUGCCAAAAGAGGAAGAAAACUGGUGGACUAUGACUCGUCUCUUCAUCACCUGGAGGCUCUGGAGAUGGCCAAGAAAAGAGACGACAUCAAGAUAAACAAGGCAAAGGAAGAGAUGAAAGAUGCCAAAACUGUCUAUGAUGGGAUCAACAAUGAGCUGAAAGAGGAGCUGCCUGUUCUCUAUGACAGCCGCAUUGGAUGUUAUGUGGCAGUCUUCUCAGCUGUGUCUAAUUUACGGGACAUCUUCUAUAAGGAAAUGAGCAAGCUCAAUCUUGAUCUGCAGAGUGUGAUAAAAGAGCUGCAGGCUCAGUAUCCUGACAAAGUGUUUUCUGUGAGGGGGCUGCAGAGGUAUGGUUCCCUGAAGAGAAGGAGUCUGAUCUCCCCUAAGGCCUGGAAAGCCAGUUUUUCUGAAUUUCACAGGAUCUACAAUCCCAGGAUGAGCCAGCGAAACAGUUUCAGGUCUCCAGACAAGCCCCCCCACAGUUCUCUGUCCAGAGGGAGCAGCACGCUUGGCUUCUCCUCACGGUCAUCCACCCUGGAGAGAACCCUGACCGAACCCAGAGAGCUGGACACAGCUUCCUGUCACAGUGAGAACCAAAGCGCUGAGGCACAGGGGACAUCUGGAGAAGGGCAGAAGUCAGGAGAAGCCAGCAGUCAAGUUGAAGAGGAGAAAGGCUCCAAGGAGACAGAAGAUAAAAAAGAUGAUGAAAAAGCUCCGCCUAGUGAGAGCAGCUCUGAACUGAACAACUCCUAUGAGUCUGGGAGCUUGGAUCUGCAGCUGUCUGCAGCCCACAGUGGAACGCUUCACAUUGAGGAAGAUGAAACCCCUGCAACCACUGACUCUAAGGAAGCAAACGAACUAAAGAACGGCGACGUCGGUGGGUUGAGCUCUGACACCAAGGACCUGAGCAUUCCUCAAAAGGAUGGACCAGGGGAAGAAGCAGCACCCCAUGACUCAAAAACCACAACCGUUUGAAGUUUGCACAUUUAAAAAAAGAAGACUGAAGACAUCUGGUCGAGAUGCAAAAAUAAAAAGAAUGAGGACAGCCGUGCAGACGAGUCCAACUGUUCAAUGACUGAUGUUCCCAUGCUGUUAGUUUUCUCAUUUAUCUUUAAACAAAAUCAACUUUGCAUGACGCUGCAGGAAGAGCUGAUUAAUUUAAUCUAUUUAAAAAAAAAACCAAAAAAAACAAAUGUCCUUUAAUUAUCGGUUUUGGGUCAAUAUAAAUGCACAACAGGUUUAGAUAGUUAAAGACUUCUGAUUGGCUGCGUCAUGGUGAAUGCACACUGAUAUAUUGUGCUCAUCUUCCAUUAAAGAAACUAAACAGCUUAAA